AUGGACUCUCCAUCACCAGAAAACCCUUCGGGGACAAAUUCUCCAAACCCAAGAUCCCCACAAAUAGCUGGAAGCAGACUCAGUCAUAGACCUGGUAGCCAAAGACCAGAUUCGGAUUCAAAUACCAGAAGCACCCCUAUCCCGGAUGAUGAGCAUGGGGCAGAUUUACCAAUGACCAUGUCCGCCUCGGUGGUGCUCAGCAGCCUACCGCGCGAUGCCCAUCGAGCUUUGGCGGAUGCGGAGGCUGUGGAUACAGGAAAAGUGACUGUUCGCUUUCAGCCUCUUCCUUCAGCACCUAUUCUGAAGAACCGGGUUUUCAAGAUCAGUGCGUCGCAAAAAUUUGAAACAGUUGUCAAAUUCCUCAGGAAGAAACUCGACUGCAAAGACACAGAUUCUGUCUUUUGCUACGUUAAUAGCGUCUUUGCUCCAGGGCUAGAUGAAGGUGUCGGAGGUUUAUGGAGAUGUUUCAAGACGGAUGAUCAAUUGAUUGUCUCGUACUCUAUGACACCAGCAUUCGGCUAA